AUGGCCACGGAAGACCAGGCGUCACAACCUCCUGCCGAGGAGAACACCUCUACACCGGCCGACGAGAACAGCGAAAACACACAGCCCCAGCAGCCAUCCUCUCAACCGCCACCACAAUCAUCCUCAGAUGGCGCAGAACCGGGCGCCCCGGCCUCACCGCCCCUACCAGCCCGCCACACAGCCGUGACGCCGGGGCCGCGCGCCCAGCGCUUCCAAGAGAUGUUCGACCUGGCGCUGAACCACACCCUGACCAAGAUCUCGCCCGACAACUUCGCGUCCUGCUACCCGACGAUCGCGGCGCAGGCCCCGAGCGUGCUGGGCCAGGUCCAGCGCGCCAUGGUCGACCGGUUCGCAGACCUGUGCAACCAGGAGUUCGGCCGCGUGCAGGCGCGGUACAACGUGGUGCCCAAGCUGAACGAGCUGGAGGGUCUGGUGUCGGACGCGGAGCGGCGGCGGCGGGCGCACGCCUCGGCGGCGAAGAGGAAGGGCAAGGGGAAGGGGAAGGGGAAGGAGAAGGCCGGGGCGGGAGGAGACGACGGGGACAACGACAAGGACAGCGCCAACAAGCCUACGCCGCCGCACAUGCUGCCUGCGGACGCCAUCCUCGCCGCGCACCUCGCGCCGCACCUCGCGAGCCAGCAGAGCCAGAUGAACGCCAAGCUGCAGAACACGCAGGCCGCGAACGUCGCCCUUUGGGGCGAGGUCCAGAGGCAGCGGGCCGAGGUGGAUGAGCUACUCAGCGCGCUGGAGCGGGCGCUGGCCGAUGUGGAUGGCGCUGCGGCGCUGCUGGACGAGGUGCCGGCCGAGGAGCUAGCUAGGGAGUCUCGAGCUGUGGAGGCCGAGAUGAUGGAUGUGUGA